AUGGCUGAAUCAGAGGCGCAAAAGGAAUCAGUGGCAGCGUCGCAGCAGAAGGAUGUCGCAGCAGCGGCGAAAAUGGCUGAGCCAGAGGCGCAAAAGGAAUCAGAGGCAGCGGGGCAGCAGAAUGAUAAGGCAGCAGCGCCGAAAACGGCUGAGGCAGAGGCGCGGAAGGAAUCAGAGGCAGCGUCGCAGCAGAAGGAUGUCGCAGCAGCGCCGAAAAUGGCUGAGCCAGAGGCGCAGAAGGAAUCAGAGGCAGCGGGGCAGCAGAAGGAUAAGGCAGCAGCGCCGAAAACGGCUGUGGCAGAGGCGCAGAAGGAAUCAGAGGCAGCGUCGCAGCAGAAGGAUGUCGCAGCAGCGCCGAAAAUGGCUGAACCAGAGGCGCAGAAGGAAUCGGAGGCAGCGGGGCAGCAGAAGGAUAAGGCAGCAGCGCCGAAAACGGCUGUGGCAGAGGCGCAGAAGGAAUCAGAGGCAGCGUCGCAGCAGAAGGAUGUCGCAGCAGCGCCGAAAAUGGCUGAACCAGAGGCGCUGAAGGAAUCGGAGGCAGCGGAGCAGCAGAAAGAUAAGGCAGCAGCGCCGAAAACGGCUGAGGCAGAGGCGCAGAAGGAAUCAGAGGCAGCGUCGCAGCAGAAGGAUAAGGCAGCAGCGCCGAAAAUGCCUGAAUCAGAGGCGCAGAAGGAAUCAGAGGCAGCGACCCGGCACAAGAAUGUGGCAGAGGUGCCGAGGACAGUCUCGGAGGCAGAGGCGCUGAAAAAGGCGGCAGCGGAUGCGGAGAAUCUCAUUGAGGCAGACGCGCAAGAUAAGGCGGAGGCGGAGGCGCAAAACAGGGCGGGGGCAGCUGUACCCAAGGAGUUUGAGGCAGCUGCGCGGAAGAUGGCAGGUAGAAACACACAUAAGAAGGCGGAUGAAGAGGAGCGGAAUAGGGCAGAAGCAGCGGCGCGGCAGAAGGCGGAGGCAGAGGAGCAGAAACAGGCUAUAGAAGAGGCGCAAAAACUGGCUCGGGCAGAAGCGCAGAAGAAGGCGGAUGAAGAGGCGCGGCAGAAUGUGGAGGGUGAUGCGCAGACGAUGGCAGAGGCCGAGGAGCAGAAGCAGGCUGAUGGUGACGCACAUAACAAGCCAGAUGGAGAGGAGCGGGAAACCACAGCAUCAGAACAGCAUGACAAGGCAGAGGGACAAUCGCUGAAGGGUUCAUAUGGGCAUAAAAUGGUACAAGCAGAGGGACAGGAUACGGCGGGUGCUGAGGAGCACAUCAUCGCAGAGGCAGAGGAGCAGCAUAAGGAGGAGGCGGUGUCGCAGGCAUUCGCAUACCGAGAGAUGCAUAGCAUGGCAGAGACAGAGCGUCAAAAUACUAUGGAGGAGGCUCGUGUGGUCCCGGAGGCUGGAGGGAGGCACCCAGAGGGAGAUGCGCUGGAAACAGAAGAGGAGCAGGCUGAGGAGGAUACGGUACAUCCGGCAGUCCGGAUGUUUUUGGGAGGAAGUCCGACGCGGGAAGAAGGAAUUGGGGUAGAGGGGGCAUGGAGGGUGGCAGAUGAUGGGGCGCCUAGGGAUACAGUGGAUCUCACAAGUCAGAGGCGGGCUGACCGAAUGCGAAGCCUUCACCAGAGAGCAGAGGACAGCAAUCUCGGACAGGAAGGGGUGGCAGAAGCGUGGCAGGAGGUAGAGUGGGGCGAGGCAGAGGCGGCAAUACGGCGGAUGCUGCAGCGCACGACUACAGUGAUGGUUCAAAAUGGUGACAGGUUUGUCGAGGGAGAAAGCUGGGACAUAAGCCCAGCAGAGGUAACGCGUCGUCUGACGCUCUUAGCCCGAAUGGUAACGCAGACGUUCUGCAACUUGGCGGCCCGCAACAGCAGCAUCAGUCGUGACGUGGCCGAUCUGACAGUCCAUUACUGCUGUGACGCCCUGGCCAACCUGGAAGAGGUCCGCCAUGGAAACGAGGAACGCAGGCGCCAAGCAGAAACAGCGGCCAGGUUUCGCGAGCAGAUGGACACGAGACUCUCCAACUUGCUGGAAAGUAUACAAAGGGUGAGUGAUCAGGUUCGCAAGUCGGGAGGGGGGAUGCCGGAGAGCACAUUAAAGGGGGUGGAAGAGAGGUUGAGAGAGGUUCUGAGAGAAGACUCAGAGCGGCGGAAGAGGGAUAGACUGCAAGACGAGGAGCGGCGGCAGAAGGCCACAAGGAAGGAAGCAGAUGCUGCAGAGAGACGGAAGAAGGAACAACAGCAGGAGGAAGAGCGUCGGCACAAGGAGAUGAGAGAGGGAAUGAAGGCGAUGAUGGAGGCGAUGAAGAAGGAGAUGAAGGCAGAAAUGAAGGAGAUUACGGAUGGGAUGGUAAAACAGAUGGGGGAGAGGGUGCGCGAACAUCUGCGAGAGGAAGCGGAACGGCAGGAGAAGGCGAGGCAGGAGGACGCGGAGCGGUGGAAACAACAGGACGAGAAGAGGAAACAGGCAGACGACGUGGAGAGACAGAGGCAGAAGAAACAGCUGACCGAGGCAGCCCGGAAGGAGGAGGAGGAGAAGAGGAUGGAAGCAGAGGCCACAGAGAGGCGGAGGAAGAAGAAACGGCUGGACGAAGACCGCCGGCAGAAGGACAUGGAGGCGGGAAUGAAGGAUAUGAUGGAGGUUGUAAAGGAGAUGAACUCGGGGAUGAAAAAGUGGAAGGAGGGGAUGCUAAGUGAGGUGGAAAAGCGGUUGUCAGAAGUUCUGAGAGUAGACGCAGAGCGGCGGAAAGCGGAGAAACCUCAGGUGGAGAAACAGCGGCAAAAGGAGGAGCAGAUUAGGAAGGCAGCGGAGGGAGAGCGGCCACAGAAUGAGGAGGCGCAGAGGAAGGAGGCAGCGGAGGCCGAGGGGCAGGAAAGGGAGAAACAGGAGGAGAUGGAGCGCCUGCAGAAGGAGGAUGCGCAGAGGAAGGAGGCAGAGGAGGCCGAGCGGCAGGAGACGGAGAAACCGCAGGAGAUGGAGCGCCUGCAGAAGGAUGCGCAGAGGAAGGAGGGCGAGGAGGUAGAGCGGGAUCAGAGAGAGAAACAGCGGGAGAUGGAGCGGCUGCAGAAAGUGGAGGCGCUGAGGAGAGAGGCAGAGGAGGCUGAGCAGCAGCAGAGGGAGAAACUGCAAGAGAUAGAGCGGCUGCAGAAAGAGGAGUCGCUAAGGAGAGAGGCAGAGGAGGCUGAGCGGCAGCAGAGGGAGAAACUGCAGGAGAUGGAGCGGAUGCAGAAAGAGGAGGCGCUGAGGAGAGAGGCAGAGGAGGCUGAGCGGCAGCAGAGGGAGAAACUGCAGGAAAUGGAGCGGAUGCAGAAAGAGGAGGCUCUGAGGAGAGAGGCAGAGGAGGCUGAGCGGCAGCAGAGGGAGAAACAGCAGGAGAUGGAGCGGCUGCAGAAAGAGGAGGCGCUGAGGAGAGAGGCAGCGGAGGCUGAGCGGCAACAGAGGGAGAAACAGCAGGAGAUGGAGCGGCUGCAGAAAGAGGAGUCGCUGAGGAGAGAGGCAGAGGAGGCUGAGCGGCAGCAGAGGGAGAAACAGCAGGAGAUGGAGCGGCUGCAGAAUGAGGAGGCGCUGAGGAGAGAGGCAGCGGAGGCUGAGCGGCAACAGAGGGAGAAACAGCAGGAGAUGGAGCGCCAGCAGAAGACGGAGCAGCGCCGAGCAGAGAAGAGGGCCAGACUUGCAUCCUACGCGGAACAGCAGCGGCAACUAGAGGCCAAGGCAAAGGCUAUGGCUGAAGAGACGGAAUGUUUGGCACGGGAGAUGGAAGAGGAGGAUUCGACCAUGCAGGGGGAGGGGACCGGGGAGGGAGUCGAGGAGGACAUAGCACAUGGCAUGGAUAUGGUGCUGUUGGAAGUGAGCGGGGAGGCGAAUGUAGCAGAUGGCCUGGCUAUUGUUCCCGGGCAGAACGUAGAAGUGUCCAGGAGGCGGCCUAGGCAGGAGGACAGGGAGCCGGAGGGUCAUGCAGCUAAGAGACGGCGUGCAGCUGGUAUACAGGAGUUGAUACCGAUAACCCCAGGGGAAAUUAAAGGGAUGAAGAUCGACAAGUGCGACAAUAGGAGAAACGCCCAAGUGGACGACAAGGGUAAGACUUUGGGUGUCCGCCUGCCUUUCAGGGGAAGCGGGUUCUCUCAACGGGGCGAGGGAGCAUUGCAGAAAUGGACGUCGGAGCAGACUGUCGGCGGCCGGAAGCGGAACCUCGGCUCUCACAAAACGGUGUGGGAGAGGGCUUACACGUGGCGGGAAGAUCUCGACUUCACCACAUGGCUUCCAACAGGGGUGUGGAGCGUCCUCAACGAGCUCCACCUCGACAAACCGGACGGAUUCUCACUCGUUCAAACCAACACGGCUCAUCGGCAGCAGCAGGGGGAUGGCUUUCAAGUAGCUGCCUGCGCUGGUGUUGGAAUAACUGCGUGGCAGAAAAUUGUGGGAGGCGUGGAGGGUGAAAACGGCUAUUCGACAGAAGAACACGCAGUCGGCCUCGCCGCCACGUUAUCUGUACUGUGGGAUGCCUCCACGAAUGUGGACCGAACCCAGUGGCAGACGGGCGCAACAUCUGCUGCGAGAGGAACUUCUACGGCCAUUGCAACUUCUACUGCCAACUCGGUCCCUGCUGCCACCGCCUCAUCUGCUGCUGCGUCAUCUUCUGCAGCAGCCGUGACAACUGCCGCCCUCGAUGCCCUUGUGACGCUUGCAGCCUCGGUUGCUUGCGUUGCAGUAGAGGCGAUGAGGUCGGUCAAUGAUCAAGAGCAUGACAAGGAAGCGUGGAUUGUGCCCCUGUCGAAUGCGCUGCUGAAUGCGCUUCCGGCAGAGUCGCAAGCGGGCGGAGAUAAGAAGCGGAUGACGAGGGUCGUGGCAAAGGUGGUGACCGCUUGGUGCCUAGGCAGCAUGGCAUCAAGAGGGCUUCGCCAGCACCAGGGCGUCGGCCUCGGAGUCCUGCAGAAGAAAUUGGGCAGCCGGGACACUACAACCGGAUCGGAUAAGGAGAAGAAGACCAGAAAGUCGUCCGCGAAGGGGAAGGCGGCAAAGGAGGCGUCGACGGAAGAGAACACCAGCCCCGGCGUGCAGGAGUGA